AUGGAUUUCAGAAGGCAUGUUUUAAUCGUAUUGGUGCUGUUUGUGUGUUUGGUGGUUGUACAAAACCAAGCUGCGUCAGCUUCAAAUGAUGACAGUGACGUGGACAUUAACAAACGGGACAGUACUAAAAAGUCGACUACUGAAACGGUGAAGCCUGAAGUUUCUAAAGACAAUUCCACAUCUAACGGUACCGACCCGAAUGACGAUGGCUUCUUUGGUACAAUUGUGGAAAAUAAGGACAUGUUGUUGAGAACAUUGUACGUGCUCAUAGGAGUAACCUCUGUGGUGAUUCUGUACUUCGUUUUCCGUGCGUGGAGAAUAAGAGGACGGAGAUCAAAGUCUAGAAAGUAUGGACUUAUCACAACACGAGGAUCAGAUCUGGAAAUGGCACCAUUAGAUGCGGAUGACGAAGAUGAGGACAUGACAGUUUUUGAAAUGAAUGACAGACAUAAAUAA